ACGCUCUGAAUUUACGAACGCCCAGAGCGCACUCUGAGCCCUACUGGCACUCCAAAGUGAAUUUACAAACGCACCCUAUGAUUGAUCCUCAGUGCAUUGAUCAUGGGAAGGUGUGCAUCCGACGCAACGUGAUGACGUUAUAUUAUACCGCCAGGAUAUGUGAUCGAGAACUGACAUUUUUCUUAUCUUGCUUUUAUGAAUCUUUUCACGAAUUACUACACCACGACAUAAGCUCUUCGUUUGAACACAACCAUUGACUCUGUCCCCUCGCCAUGGUAGAGGAUGACGAUUUAACGCCAAAUCUUAUGUCAAACCAAGUGUGGCGCGGCAAUGGCGAGUUUGUUCCUCCAGACGGAAUAUGCUGGGUGUCUGUACUGUCCUGUUUGCUGCUUGCCUGCUCCUACGUCGGGAGUUUAUACGUAUGGAGAAGUGACUUACCCAGAGACCACCCGGCCGUUAUCAAGAGGCGAUUCACCAGUGUCCUGAUCGUAUCUGCCAUGUCGCCUGUCUUCGUGUGGGCAUGGAAAAUGUACACUGGUGUGAUGUCUGGUCCCUCGUUGCUGGCUCUGAUGGGCAUUCGCUUUGAGGGCCUCAUCCCAGCCAUCAUACUGCCUCUGCUGCUCACCAUGGUCCUGUUCGUUGGCCCCCUGAUCCAGCUGGCUAUGGACUGCCCCUGGGGCUUCAUGGAUGGGAUACGGGUGACUUUUGACCCGUGGUUCUGGGCUCUGUGCCUCAGUGACAUGCGCUGGCUGAGGAACCAGGUGGUGGCCCCUCUGACUGAGGAGCUGGUGUUUAGGGCCUGUAUGCUGCCCAUGCUGGUACCCUGCACCAGUCCUUCCACUGCCAUCUUCACCUGCCCCCUCUUCUUCGGAGUGGCCCACUUUCAUCACGUGAUCGAGCUGCUGCGUUUCAGACAGGGCACCCUGUCUGGGAUCUUUCUCGCUGCAGUAUUCCAGUUCUCUUACACCGCUGUCUUUGGAGCUUACACUGCCUUCAUAUUCAUCAGAACAGGUCACCUGGUGGGGCCGGUGCUGUGCCACUCGUUCUGUAACCACAUGGGCUUCCCUGCCCUAGGCGUGGCCCUGGAGCACCCCCACCGCCUCACCGUCCUGUCCUGCUACUUGCUGGGGGUCCUCCUUUUCCUUCUUCUCCUCUUCCCCCUCACGGACCCCAUCUUCUACGGCCUUCCCACCCCCGUCUGCACCCUGGCCUCCGUCCCCAGUUCCCUCUGCGUCUCCUGAUCCCACCCCCACCAUACACCCCUCUGUAUUAGAUGGACCGAUCCACUGAGCGGGUCGCCACCACCAGCCAAAAGGAGGAGCGGUCCAAGUGGUCCAAGAACGAGGGGUGUUUUAGCUCUUCGGUCAUGCCCGCUUGAGUGUGUUUUCUCUGUUGGGAUGUGGGAAGGUGAGCAGAAGUGAGGGUUUAGGGGUAUGUCAGGUAUGGACACUCAAUGCUAUGUGUUGUCUCUACUAUGUAUGCUGCUGGGGGGGAGCAGGGUAACUUAAAUAGCCAUUCCUUAUGUUCAGGUCGCAUUGGCUUUCAGUCGGUCAGUUAGCCAGUCAGUCAAUAGGCCUACGUUGUCUGUAGUGUAGACUCAACAAGGAACACUAUCUGGCUGAUAAACUCAUGACGCGAGGCGCUGUAGUAGUAAUACAUUUUAGUGGUGAAUGCGCCAGUGUUUUUCAUAGGUCCUAGAUGCUGAAUAAGAGUGUUUAUUUACACAUCUGCAUGUUUCUAUAAUGUAGUGUUUGUUUUAUUGGUGGGGGAUGUUGAGGGUUGGGCUGGAUUGUUACUAUUGUAAAGGGUUGGACGUGCAGACAGUUCCCCCCCCCCCCCCCCCCCAAAUGACCUCUUCUAUGACAGUUUAGCCACGAUUCUCUCAGCUUUUAACUCGAGCUGAUAUGUGAAUUGGCUGCAAAGCCUUUCUAUCCAGCUGUUUAAGACGCCAGACAAUUCGUGUUAGGCGAUAUCACAAAGGGUACAGUCUUUACCCAGCCCUGUAUUCAAUCAUUCACUCUAGUUGAUGCUCAUUCCAAAUAUCCAUUCCAAGUCAUGCAGACAGAAGCCUAUAAUCACUAAGCUAACAAUACCAUUGCUCAUUUGUUGGGCCAGGAGUAUUUCCCUGACCACGUGAACCUGGUCAGGAAAGACUCUGGGGCCCCUACCAUUCGCUUCACACACAGUUCUACCCAGGGUUAUCCAUGUUAGUUUUAUUUGAGUGUUUAAAGGGGGAAUUACCUUAAGCUGGGGUGCGAUGACAGACCGUUUCCCCCUCAAGGGACUCAAACCCUCUAGAACACUCAGGUGUAGUCAUAUGUAUGUGUUUUUGAAUGCUCUCUACCCACUACUUCGCAUGCUGCUACAUGGUACAAUAUGGAUGUCAGACAAGACGACACGUUUACACUCUUCGCACACACCGAGCUAUACUCCAAAAGAAGAUAAUGUACAGACUCAGACAGUGUUGCAUCGCAAUGUUUAUCCACUUACUCACUCAUCUCAACUGAAACUUUGCAUCGUUUUUUUGAAAAUGCGUUACUUAUUUGACCAGGCUGUGACCAUUGUCGUCCAUUUCACUGUAUAGACGGGGCGUUUAGGUGACAAUUUGGCUUUAGAUUAUUAUUUUUUCAAUUAUUUUAUUUAAAAAAAAAAAAAAACAGAUUUGACACAUAUUUAGCAGUUGUUACUGCGGGUGUAGCGAAAUGCUUGGUUGUUUGUGGAUUUUUACGGGGAACGCUAAUGGACUUUUCCCCCUUUUUUAUGAACCCGGCGCAAUACUAUGUUACAACUCCAGUUGACUAGAACAGAAGUGUAGAGUGGUUUAUAAACUAGAAGAUUGCAUCACACUGAAUGUAUUGAAAUAGGAUGUCAAGGCAAAUGAAUUAACCGAUCGUUUUGUAAACAGACUUCACUGUGUAAAUUGGAUCCAUAUUUUUGAAGAGGCCCCUGCAAAAGGCUCUUAACAUUCACUGACAGAAAGAUAGAUCUGUGAAGCUUUCUACCACAGCAGCGAGGAGUUGUCAGUCAGCAUGUGUACUGUAUAAUCUAUGAAGUAUUUACAUUACGCUCUUCAGCAAUAACUUAGUGGAUGGAAAAGGACCAAAAUCAGGGAAUUAUCUGAAAUAGCUGUAUAUAUGUGAAUAAAAAAAAAUAUAUGCCCAUUCCUGUCGUUUAGAGAUGGAAUGUUAAAUACUAUGGUGCUUGGAGGUUUUGACAUCAGAAUAAUGAUCAGCCAGUAUUUUGAGUAGAUUGUUUGUUAAAGCCGAUCUCAGAUGGGCCAUAUAUCCCCAAGUUGAAGGUUUUAAUAUGCAUUCUCUUGAAUAAACCUGCAGCGUGCAUGCAUCCAGACUGGCUGUAAUGAUCUAACAUGUACGCCAGGGAGCGCCAGAGUACCAUGUCUGGGUGUUGUGCUGUAGAAAUGUGAAUCACAGGAACCUGGGACCUUCGCAUAACUGUUCAUUAGGUUUCUCUGAUGGGUGGUCAUCCGUCACUUGAAAAAACCAAUCAGUUUUUUUUUUUUUUUUUUUUCCCUCUUGCCUCUUCCUCACAUCACACGGCGCCCCGUCCCAAUAGAGAAGUUGUAUAUAGUCCUAGAGAGGAAAGGGGAGUUUGACCCUAAGAACUUAGAUAGCUACCUGUCUCUCUGUUGAGCAUUCUCUCUGAUCAAUUAAACAAAGACUCUAGCCUUUAUUUUUAGAGUCAAAGUCUAAACUAUCUCGCUGUCUCCGUCUCACAUCCAGAACGAUGCCCUUGAAUGCUUUUGCCUGAGGCGUUGGCCUAGCCCCUAGAAAACCAUUUCGGGAGUUCAAUCAAUCACUGGUUUCGGAGAAUCAGAGAUGUUUACCCCUACAGAGACAUGCUGUCAGGUUCAGGUAGCUGAUAGAUUUACUUUGUUGUGGAAAUUCACAUUCUCAAUGUCGAAGCUGUGUUGAAUUUGUAUUAGGUAGGGUCAGAAGAAGCACAUGUAGAGAGAUGUUUCAUCAGCGCUCAACCGUUGCUUAUCAUUCUCCCACAUCAUCAACAUUGUACCCUUUUGGAAAAGAGACAUUUUUCGUAAAUAUUGUCCCCGGCUCGUAUUGUAUGAAUCCUGCCUUAGGAUUCACACUUUAGGCUACUUCUCACCACUGGUUCUUACUUUAUUUCCCUGUCAUUGACUUGAAUUGAAAUCCGGUCGACAUAACUAGGCUUCAGAAAUGCCGACUCCACUUUCCUGCUGAAAACACUGUCACGUUGUAUGUAUUUAUCUUCAUUUGUCUCUCACAUGUCCUAGCAAAACAAUCGUAUCAACAGUACUCUAAGUAGUGACUUACAGUAUAUGCAUAGAGCGAAAACACAGCAGUAGAGACAGGAAUAUAUAUAUUUUUGUAACUGAAUAUGUAGCUCUGCUAUUUUAGUAAAACGACACAACAGAAUGAUUUUAAAGCUUGGAUUUUUCACUCGUUGAAUACUUGCUCUGACUCUGACCUGGUUGUAAAAAAAAAAACAACUCUUAUCCAGAUGUUUUUAUUGAAGACUUUAUUUUGUAAAUCAAAUCUAUUUUGGUGACAUGGACUUGAAUGUACUGAUAUGUGCAUGUGUAUUUUGUGUGUGCAAUGCCAUUUUUUCGGAGACUUACCCAUCUUGAAUGGCCAGUGUUUUUAUGAUGACAAUCUUUUAUGGGAUCUUAUAGAAAUCACACACUGCAAAAGAAUCUCAGCCAUUCGUAAAUAAACUCAUCUAAUUUUAUAAAUCGUC